AAACACACACACACAAACACACAUCGAUACACCAUGAGCAACCUGAGUUUGGUGGAAGCCACACUACCCCCAGGCUUUAGAUUCCAUCCAAGAGACGAAGAACUCGUAUGCGAUUACUUGUUCAACAAGUUAUCUCUUCUUGUUGAAGUUGAUCUAAACAAGUGCGAGCCAUGGGAUCUUCCUGAUACGGCAUGUGUGGGAGGCAAGGAAUGGUACUUCUAUAGCCAGCGAGAUCGAAAAUAUGCAACAGGAUUGCGUACAAAUAGGGCCACUGUGUCAGGGUACUGGAAGGCAACUGGAAAAGACAGAUCUAUCCUUCGAAACCGCACACUUGUUGGGAUGAGAAAGACUCUUGUUUUCUAUCUUGGAAGGGCACCCAAAGGAAAGAAAACUGAUUGGGUCAUGCAUGAAUUCAGGCUACAAGAUCCUCAAUCACCUCAACUUGAUUCUUCACUCAAGGAAGACUGGGUGUUGUGUAGAGUGUUUUGCAAAAAUAGAGAAAGAAUUAUUGAUGGAAAACAAGUUGAUAACAAUGUGGGAAGCAUAAGCAAGUAUGAAGGACAUGAAGAUACAUUAAGUUGCUCUUCAUCUCUACCACCACUAAUGGACCCUUACACUCUCUCUUUUGACCAAAGUCAACCCACCAAUAAUAAUAUAUUUAGCCAGCAAGUGCCCUGCUUCUCCACCACUUACAACCAAUCUACUCCCCAAUAUGAUCUAACUAACCACAAUCACCUUCUAUUCUCCACCAAUGUAACACCACAAUUGGCACCGCCGCCACCACCACCACCACCCGAUCAUACAAUUCUGUCAUCAUCUUCAUCAUCGUCACAAUGUUGUGAGAACAAGGAUAUGAUCAAAGCUAUUUUGAGUCGUUUCAACAUGGACAAACAAAUUAAUUUCAACGAGUCAACGUUCGACUUUGGUGAUCAAGGGACUUCUGAUCAAAGCUUUUUGUCGGAUGCAUCAUUGCCUGUUACCAUGUGGUACCCUUAGUUAUCGAAUAAUUGUAUUAAAUAUAGUUUUAGUUACACUAAACUAUAAUUUGCACCCUUUCUGUCAUUAUAUAUGAAACCAAAUUAUCUUCACAUUUUACUUUUGAUUUCUAGCAUUGUAUGUAAAUAAUGUAUCUUUUAUAACUAUAUAAAUGAUGACAUGACAGGUAGUUUUUAGUAA